AUGACCUCGUCCCCCGUCAAUGGCCUCAUGUCCCCAUCCCGAACCAGCCGACGGAAGGAGAAGCGAAACCCCUCAGUCACCCCCCGACGCUUCGGUCGCUUCUUCACGCCCCGGUCCAGCCUCUCCCUCAGUCUUCCCACAAGCCGCCGGAUACUGGGCAGCUUGGACUCCUCCGCCGUCAACCGACAACCUCUCUCACCACAAUCAAUCUUCAGCGACCCCCUGGCCUCGGAUCCCCUAUCACCGUCCCCGACUCGCCGAUUAGGAAAUGAUGAAGAUGAGAAUGAGUCUAGGAAGCGGAAAUGGCACAACGAGGAGGGCACUGUGACUAAGAGGCGUGUCUUCCUGUCGAAUGACAUGCCGCCUCCGCCGCUCAACCUCCCAACCCAGUCGAGCCAGGUAUCGCAAGAUGCCGAUGCUUCCAUAUCCGGCAAUGCUCCCGUUGUUCAAGAUAGCCAAGAAGACCUUGCAGAUCGUCGGAAAGCUACUCUGAGCCAAUUCUUCAAAGCUAGCCGCGGAGGAGCUCGAAGCUUAAAGGACAAGCCCAUACUCGACGACUUCCCAGCUGUUUCUGGAAUCUCCAAGGCGUCUCCCACCCUGGAAGGAUACGAACCCACUCCCAUCCGAAAACUCGCCAACCGAGGCUUCGAGCCUCAGCUUCUCAACCGCGAACAUGGCUUCUCAUCCCACACUGGCCGCCGGCACCUCGCCUUUCCUGCCGCCGACCCCCGAACGGAGACGGCCUCUUUCUACAGCCGCAGCUCCGACGUCCACCAAGUCACCGCCCAUGACAGGCAGGGCAACACCAUUCCGUUCAGCCUCGCAAGCUGCCACAAUGCCUCGGUCACGGCCAUCGGCGACGAGGAGGGCUUCGUGCGCUUCUUCAACACGAUCAUGACCAGCAAUCCCACCGAAUCCAAGGUCGAUGCCCACUUCAAGGUCCACGACAACGCCAUCAUGGACGUGGCCUUUUCCGAGGACGACAUGCGCCUGGCAACGGCGUGUGGAGACCGGACCGGCAAGAUCGUUGACACGGCGACGCAGACGGUUGCUGUCGAGCUCAACGCCGGUCACUGGGACUCGCUGCGACAAAUCUCUUUCCAACCCGGCACGUCGGGCGGAAACACCCUGGCCACCUCGGACAGGGCCGGCCGCAUCCAGGUCUGGGAUUUGCGAUGCUCGGCUGCCCCCAUCAACAACUUCUCCACCCGCGGUCCCCUAGGCCUCGCUCCAAGAGACUCUAACCUUCACCCCUUCGCUGCCCGGACUAUCAACACCCUCGACAACGCCCACGAGCGCACCGUCCAGGGCAACACCUCUGCCGCCUCCGUCACCGCCAUCCAGUGGUUCCCCGCCGGCCGCGAGCACCUCCUCCUCUCCGCCUCCGAGGCCAAUGCCUCCAUCAAGCUCUGGGACACUCGAUACAUCAAGCCCAGACGACAAGCCGAGGAGACGCCUCUAGCCGUAACCCUCGAGCCCGCCACCCACGCGUGGCGAUCCUACGGCAUCACCUCCCUGGCCCUCAGCUCCGAUUCAGCACGCCUGUACGCCGUCUGCAAGGACAGCACCGUCUACGCCUACUCGACGGCGCACCUGAUGCUCGGCCACUCCCCCGAGCUCGUCGACGGCGCCGCCAAGCGUCGUCCGGCCGGCGUUGAGGGCCUCGGGCCGCUCUACGGCUUCAAGCACGACCAAUUCCGCGCGCAGUCCUUCUACGUCAAGUGCGCCAUCCGUCCCAGCCGCAACUCCCACACCUCGGAGCUCCUCGCAGUCGGCAGCUCCGACUCGUGCGCCGUCCUCUUCCCCACCGACGAGCGCUACCUCCACGCCGCGUCGGCCCAGCGCGCCCACAACCUCGAACCCCCCGCGGCCGCGACGCCCUCGCAGUCCUUCUCCUCCUCCUUCUCCGCCGCGCCCGCCUCCUCGCCCAUCCCCAUCUUCCGCACCGGCACGCCUCUCGUCCGCGGCCACUCCCGCGAGGUCACCACCCUCAGCUGGGUCCACGACGGAAAGCUUGUCACCGCGUCCGACGACUUUGUCGUCCGCCAGUGGCAGCAGGGCGACGGCUCUGCCCGCCACCUCCGCCAGGUGGGUGAGUUUGGUGGCGAGCGACACAUGGCCGGCUGGGCAGAUGUUGCCGCAGACUGGGACGAGGAGGAUGAUGAUGAAGAGUAA